AGAGCCCCGAUCGACGCGGUGGCGAUCGAUUGCUUCUGCCUGAUGACGUAUUGGACGGCGUCCGAUGUGGUUUUCUGGCGACGCGAUUGGUGUGCCAUGGCGCCGGUGAGACCAGCAGCAAGGUGGCGGACAGGCAGUGACGGAACGCCUGGUGAAGGAAUUUUUCCGGUCGGAUUGAAAAAUAAGAAUGCGAAACACAGGACGUGGCGACGUAACCAUCCGCAGGCCUUCAUGGGGAGCGUUCGCGAGGGACAAGGAUUUGCAUUUCGAAGAAAAUUGAAGAUACAGCAAAAUUACAAGAAAUUGCUGUGGAGGGAAAAGAAGGCUCAAACGACACAAGAAUCCCAAUUCAGAGAUCGAUACCCUGAUCAUCUGAAACACCUCUAUUUAGCUGAAGAGGAAAGACUCAGGAAGCAACUUAGAAAAGCUGACCAGCCUUUGUCAGAAGAACAAGUUAAUCAGAAUUUGCCAGAAGAAGAAUGUAACAUUGACCAGGCUUUGUCUGAAGAACAUUGUAGCAUUGACCAGCCUCAGCCAGAGGAACAGUAUAAAGAAGAAAGGGUAAAUUCCAUUACUAUUCCAAAGAAAAAUAAAAAGAAAACAUCAAAUCAAAAAGCACAAGAAGAAUAUGAACAGGUGCAAGCUAAGCGUGCUGCUAAGAAACAAGAAUUUGAGAGGAGAAAACAAGAGAGAGAAGAAGCUCAAAGACUCUACAAAAAGAAGAAGAUGGAAGUGUUUAAAAUAUUGAGCAAAAAGACUAAAAAAGGCCAACCAAACUUGAAUUUACAAAUGGAGUAUCUUCUUAAAAAAAUACAAGAAAAAAAUUAAAUUAGACAUUUUGUCCUUAAUCAAGAGUUAAAAUAUCUGCUGUCUAUUGAAAUCUUUUGUAUAUGUAAUGUACUUCCUACCAAUUAACUAAAUUUGUCAACUUAAACUGGAUUGCUAAGCUAUACUAAAUAUAAAGAGUCCAGAUAUUUUUGUUCUCAUAAAAGAAAAUUUUCUAUAUACGUUCUGCAUACUAUUUGUUUAUUAUUUAUUUGCUCUGAAAGGAAGGAGGGCCUGAGGAACUGAAAGAACCUUCUACCUGGAUGACAGGUUCAAACAUUUAAUAGUUUUGUAUCGUAUAAAAUUCAAGCUUUCAAUGAAGUGUUUCAAUGCAGUUUUUCAAUUUAGUAAUCACCUAUUAAUGGUUUUAAAAUUCAUCUUGAUGAAGGAGGCAAAAACUCUCCUUGGACUUUUAAAUUUAUUUAUUUUCAAUUAAGCACAUGUUACAGUGGGGUAGGCUUUCAUGAAACCUGAGAGGAGGAUACCUGGGUGCUGAAACUACCUUCUGCCCCCACUGUAACUACGUGGUCUUCACAAAGCAGAGUUUGGUAUAAAAACUCAGAAAGCCUGGUAAUUAUAAACAUUCCAAAAGUGGAAGUACAUGGCUUGUUACUGUAAGAUUGUGGAUGAUGAUGGGAACCCAGCAGUGGCUGGCACAGCAAGGAUUAAGCUUUCCAGAUCCUGUUGUUGUGUAAGAACAUUGUCACCGGAAUAUUACUAGUGGUGUUUCUGUUGGUACUCUUGUGAGCCAAGAGAAAGUACUGGAAUACUGCCCCUCCUGCCUCCUUGCAAUCUCUGCAAAAUGAGAAAGGCUUGACUAUCAUUACAAACAAAAGGACUGUACAAUGAUAUUUGUGAAAUACUGCAUAAUAAAAUUUAAAAUGAUAAGAGAUACAGCCUGAAAUUGCAUUAAGGUUUAAGGGGGACCUUGCACUCUAAUGAUCACUGCACAUUUAAAAGUGCAUUAGCAGAUGCUGAGGAAGCAACUUACUAAAGAAAGGCAAUUUUUAUUGCAAUGAACAACGCUUAGAAAUGUGUAAUCCUUUUGUUAUAUUGUUAUAUUUGUAAUACUUUUGUUAUAUUGUAUUUAAAGUAAGCAAUUCAGAAAAGCUACAUUUUGCUAUGUUGGUGAAGACAGUACAUGA